AUGUCACAAGACUGGCACACUAUCCCUAAUGUGCGCGACUCGACGCCGUGGUACCGCGACAAUGGUCGGAUCAAGCUCAACUUCUUCAUCAGCAUCAUCUACGUCGGCAUGGUGCUGAACGGCUACGACGGUAUGCUGAUUGCCGGCCUCCAAGCAUUUGACUCUUGGCACAAUGACAUUGGCCUCACCGAGGACCGCCCCAAUUAUGCCGCGCUCCUUGGCCUGCUCAACGCGGCUGGUCCUCUAUCGGCGUUCAUCGUCGGACCCGUGAUCACGUACAUUGACCACCAGUGGGGUCGUCGCUGGGGUCUGCGAUUCUACGGCUACACAGUCCUCCUCGGCACGAUCCUCUCGUGUGUCGCUGGCAUCCCGAGCUUGGCCGGUAACAGGGGCUACACCGUCUUCGUCGUCGGACGCUUCGUCAUGGGCUUUGGCCUGGGCUCGUUCCUCAUGACCUCGCUCAUCCUCGUUCAGGAGAUUACGCACCCACGCUCGCGCGAUCUCAUUGCGGGCGCAUGGAACUCGUUCUGGAUUCUCGGCAGCGUGAUCAUUUCCUGGGUCAACUUUGGUACAUCGCAUAUGACGUCGUCGUGGGGCUGGCGUAUCCCGUACCUCCUCCAAAUCCCGAUGGCGCUCUACAUCCUCAUCGCGGUUCAGUUUGUGCCCGAGACGCCCCGCUUCCUCAUCAGCAAGGACCGCUACGAGGAGGCGUUCAACUUCCUCGUCGACUUCCACGGCAACGGUGACCGCGAGGACCCACUCGUCGUCUUCGAGUUUGAGGAGAUGAAGGAGGCGAUCGAAAAGGAGCGCCUUGCCAAGGCCGAGAAAUGGAGCGUCAUUCUUCGCGGCCGUACGAACCGCCACCGUCUUGGUCUUGCUGCGCUCAUGACGUUCCUUGUCCAGAUGAGCGGCGCCUCCAUCAUGUACUACUACUACACGAUCGUCUUCAGCCUCGUCGGCAUCACGGACGCGUCAGUGCAGACGGGUAUCGCCGCCGGCCUCUCGAUGUUUACGUGGUGCACCCAGAUCGCCGGCGUGUGGUCGAUGAAGCACAUCGGCCGCAAGAGAAUCAUCCUCGGUGUCUGGCCCGUGCUCCUCCUCUCGCUCAUUGGCCUGUGCGUCGCCGGUGGCAUGUUCUCGCGCUCAAACUCGGCGGACACCAAGAGCGGCGUCGCAACCGUUGUCCUCGUGUGGAUCUACCUCGGCACGUACAACUACGCCAACCCGGUCCUCUGGAGCUACCCGGCCGAGGUCCAGACAUUCUCGAUGCGCUCCAAGGGCCUCCUCGUGUGGAACUGCUUCACCCAGAUCCAGGCCAUCUACUGCGUGUUUGUCGACUCGAUCGCCCUCAACUCGAUCGGCUACAAGUACUACGCGGUCUACAUGCCGCUCGUCAUCAUCCAGUUCUUCCUCGUCAAGUUCUUCAUGGUUGAGACGCGCGGCUACACGCUCGAGGAGGUUGCGCUUGCCUUUGAUAACGCGAGCUUUGCCAGCCUCCCCAUCGUGGACCACGCCGGCGACAUGGCCAAGACCGACGACGCCUCCAAGAACUGA